AUGGAAAAAUUCGAGGGGUAUUCAGAAAAACUUCAAUUUCCUAGACAAUAUUUCAUCUACCCACUACUCUUUCAGGAGUACAUUUAUGUGUUUGCCCAUGAUUAUGGAUUAAAUGGUUCCGAACUUGUCGAAAUUUUUGGUUCUAAUAACAAGAAAUUUAGUUCACUACUUGUGAAACGGUUAAUGAUUCGAAUGUAUCAGCAGAAAUUUUGGAUUAAUUUGGUUAAUUAUCCUAACCAAGAUCGAUUAUUGGAUUACAACAAUUAUUUUUAUUCUGAGUUUUAUUCUCAGAUUCUAUCUGAGGGGUUUGCGAUCGUUGUAGAAAUCCCACUCUCGCUACGAGAACUGUCUUGUCCGGAAGAAAAAGAAAUACCAAAGUUUCAGAAUUUACGAUCUAUUCAUUCAAUAUUUCCUUUUUUAGAAGACAAAUUUUUGCAUUUACACUAUCUAUCACAUAUAGAAAUACCUUAUCCUAUCCAUUUGGAUAUCUUGCUUCAACUCCUUCAAUACCGGAUCCAAGAUGUUCCAUCUUUGCAUUUAUUGCGAUUCUUUCUCAACUACUAUUCGAAUUGGAAUAGUUUUAUUACUUCAAUGAAAUCCAUUUUUCUUUUGAAAAAAGGAAAUAAAAGACUAUUUCGAUUCCUAUAUAACUCUUAUGUAUCAGAAUAUGAAUUUUUCUUGUUGUUUCUUCGUAAACAAUCUUCUUACUUACGAUUAACUUCUUCCGGAACCUUUCUGGAACGAAUCCACUUUUCUAGGAAGAUGGAACAUUUUGGGGUAAUGUACCCUGCUUUUUUUCGGAAAACCGUAUGGUUCUUUAUGGAUCCUCUUAUGCAUUAUGUUCGAUAUCAAGGAAAGGCAAUUCUUGCAUCAAAAGGAACUCCUCUUUUGAAGAAGAAAUGGAAAUGUUACCUUGUCCGUUUGUGGCAAUAUUCUUUCUCUUUUUGGACUCAAUCGCGAAGGAUCUAUCUAAACCAACUAGCAAACUCUUGCUUCGAUUUUCUGGGGUACUUUUCAAGUGUACCAAUAAAUUCUUUGUUAGUAAGGAAUCAAAUGCUGGAGAAUUCAUUUCUAAUAGAUACUCGAAUGAAAAAAUUCGAUACCAAAGUCCCCGCUACUCCCCUCAUUGGAUCUUUAGCAAAAGCCCAAUUUUGUACUGGAUCGGGGCAUCCUAUUAGUAAACCAAUUUGGACCGAUUUAUCAGAUUGGGAUAUUCUUGAUCGGUUUGGUCGGAUAUGUAGAAAUCUUUUUCAUUAUCACAGCGGAUCUUCAAAAAAGAAGACUUUGUAUCGACUAAAGUAUAUACUUCGACUUUCAUGCGCUAGAACUUUAGCUCGUAAACAUAAAAGCACGAUACGAGCUUUUAUGCAAUGGUUGGGUUCGGUAUUUUUAGAAGAAUUUUUUACGGAAGAAGAGCAAGUUUUUUCUUUGAUGUUCGCCAAAACAACUUACUUUUCUUUCCGUGGAUCGCACAGUGAGCGUAUUUGGUAUUUGGAUAUUCUCCGUAUCAAUGAUCUGGUGAAUCCUCUUAAUUAA